UGAGAGAGCCAAUGACAAUGGCAGACUUAAGGCUGACUUGGUAGGAGUGAAGGGCCGACAGCCAAAAUGAAUCAAGGCUAGAAUGAGGACACCAGAGACUAGUCAGGUGGCUCCUGCCCUUUCCACACCUAGAUCAAUACCACGGUCACAGCCGUGCCUUGUCUCUUUAACUCCUACAAGUCGAGGACACUAAACGGUAGCCCUCAAGGCCCACCAGCACCAAAGGUGAAUGAAUUCUCAGUGGGAAUACCAUCCUGGGAGUAGGCCUGAGGAGGGCCUUAGGGGACCUUAACUGUUUGUGGUUGGCAUGGUAACCAGGACACUAUGACAUACUUAGAAGGUGGGCGAGGUCACAGAACACAAGCUUUAAAGUAAGUGAAUCAUGUGUGGCUCAUUUAAUUUUAAAGGAGGCCUCUGAGAAGAGCUUAGAACAAUUUUUUCCUCUGAGUGCCAUUUCCCAAAGGUACUCACAGAACAAUAAGGUGUGACCAUAAUGGCCGCACUGAGUUGUCUUUUGGACAGUGUUAGAAGGGACAUAAAGAAGGUGGACAGAGAACUAAGACAAUUGAGAUGUAUCGACGAAAUCAGCUCCCGCUGCCUGUGUGACUUAUACAUGCACCCUUACUGCUGCUGCGACCUGCACCCCUACCCCUACUGCCUCUGCUACUCCAAGCGAUCCCGCUCCUGUGGCCUGUGUGACCUCUACUACCCGUGCUGCCUGUGUGACUACAAGCUGUACUGCCUCCGCCCAUCGCUCCGCAGCUUAGAGAGGAAAGCAAUCUGCGCCGCUGAUGGGGGGAAAAGACUCAGAAGGACGACAAAUAGAAUUCUGGCCUCCUCUUGCUGCAGCAGUAACAUUUUAGGAUCGGUGAACGUCUGCGGCUUUGAACCUGAUCAGGUCAAAGUGCGCGUUAAAGAUGGAAAGGUCUGCGUAUCGGCCGAGAGGGAAAACAGGUACGACUGCCUCGGAUCCAAAAAGUACAGUUACAUGAACAUCUGCAAAGAGUUCAGUCUGCCGCCGUGCGUGGAUGAGAAAGACGUGACCUACUCCUACGGGCUCGGCAGUUGUGUCAAGAUCGAGUCUCCAUGCUACCCUUGCACGUCUCCCUGCAACCCCUGCAACCCCUGCAGCCCCUGCAGCCCCUGCGGCCCCUGCGGUCCUUGCGGUCCCUGUGGCCCCUGUGGUCCCUGCGGCCCCUGCGACCCUUGCAACCCCUGCUAUCCCUGUGGAAGCCGAUUCUCCUGUAGGAAGAUGAUCUUGUAAGGUGUAUGAUAAGAACUAUGUCUUAGCAGAAGUCAGUAUUCCAACCAGGCAGCUCUUCAGCAUUUCUCAUCCCCUUCCCACAGCCCGUGUAGGAAACUUAAUACAUAACUGCAUCUGA